AUGAGAUGCUCCGACCGAAUCAAUGGCAUUCAGUACAAGAAAGUUGCACCAGGUUGCAUGUUUGUGAUCGUGGAAUACUGCGCGAGCAAUUCGGCAGACCCGGGAUGUGCGAAAUACAUUUCGAAGAAAAUUAAGCUUCAGAAGAUUGAAAAGUUUAAGCGAACGAAAUUACAGUCCAGCGAUAUGCCUUCGAAAAAGGGUCUCAGCAUGUCUCUCGAUUUUCCAGCUUCAUCGCUUCAAGAUGAUGUGAACAUCGUCAUCUCAGAGCUCGAUAAUACAGAUGUGGGUGGAACGAUACCACCAGAAUACCGUUCGACGGCCAUUGGAAACAUAAUCAAUUUGAUGCCGCACGGACAAAUUUUUGAUACCUGUGUCACUCUCGAAUUACCAUACGAGUACACUGGAUCGCACCUUAACGUUGCUUUACUGAAAGCUCCGAAUGCUGACUCUACUUUCGAUGUCGUUCCCGAUACAGUUUAUGAAGACCUUGGAGAUGGACUGGCGAUAGCGCGAGCGUGCAUCAUGAGUUUCAGUACGGCGAUGGUUGUCGAGCAAACCUCACCACCUUCACCGCCGCCGCCGCCGUCACCUUCGCCGCCACCUCCAUCUCCGCCUCCAUCUCCUCCGCCUUCGCCGCCCCCCCCACCGCCUUCACCUCCUCCCUCACCCCCACUUCCAUCGCCUCCUCCCCUUC